AUGAAGCCUGCGCUUCUCAACGCGGUCCGGCUGGCCAGCAGGACCACCCUUCCUCUACAGUCUGUGCUGCAACCUCUAAUACACCCCUGCAUUGGCGCUCGCUUCGCUUCUCUGCGCCGCGAUGCCCGCCCCUCGCGCAUGGUCCUGUCCGACCAUGUCCACCGAUCACCACCCUCCCAGCAGGAUGCCAGACGUAAACGCCACGUCCCAGGCCCUUUCGGCGGCAUGAACAAGCGCGUCGCCAACAUUGACCCCCGGCGACUGCCCCGCGCCCCGGCCGACAAGCGCAGCGACACCCGCAAGCCCGUCGACGACCGCAAGGCCCUCAAGAUGCACCGCGCCCUCGCCUCCAUCUCCUACGGCCGCCGCACCGACAUGAAGGGCCGCAUGGCCGACUACGAGUCCUUUUCCCAGUUCCGCCUGCUGCCCGCCGUGCAGACCGCCAUUGACGAGGAGCUUUUCAAGGGCAUGACGGAUAUUCGGCCGACCCCGGUCCAGCGCCUGGCCAUCCCCGCUCUCCUGGGCCAGUCCUCGACCGGCUUCAUAGAAAAGACGCCGCAGACAAAGACCCCAACGAGUAUCGCGCCCGGUAAGGUGCCAUCGUUUCUGCUUGCUGCGGAGACGGGCUCAGGCAAGACGCUGGCGUACAUGCUGCCCGCCAUCAACGCCCUCAAGCAGGCCGAGGCCAACGACCCGGACAUUGCCGCAUUUAAUGAAAGAUUUACCGCCGAAAAGAAGCGCCAGGAGGAGAGCAACGGAAGAUGGAAGCCGUUGGACGAGCCGCAUCCCACCAUGGCGCGACCCAAGGUCGUUAUCCUGGUCCCUACAGCAGAGCUUUGCCAGCAGGUGAUGCGCGUCUCCAAGACCAUCUCCCAUGCUGUCAAGUUCAAGACCGAGAUGCUCUCCUCCGACCUCAAGCCCCAGCAGAUCCAGCGCAACGUAUACUCGCCCAAGGGUGUCGAUGUCAUCGUCGCCACGCCGCACCUGCUCGCCGCCAUGGCCGACUCCGAUCCCAACAUUCUCUCCCGCGUCUCCCACCUCAUCAUCGACGAGGCUGACUCGCUCUUUGACCGGAGCUUUGCGCCCGUCACGAUGAGCAUCGUGGAGCGCGCCACCCCGUCCCUGAAGCAACUCAUCUGCUGCUCUGCCACCAUCCCCAAGAAGCUCAACAACUACCUAGCCGUCAACUACCCCGACAUGAAGCGCAUCGUCACACCCAACCUGCACGCCAUUCCCCGCCGCGUGCAGCUCGGCGUCAUUGACGUCUCCCGCGACCCGUACCGAAACAACAAGGAUCUCGCCUGCGCCGAGUCCAUAUUUAGCAUCGGCCGCGAAUCGGCGCAGCACGAAGGCCCCAUCAAGGACGAGGUUGAUGUCCGUCGCAUCAUGGUGUUUGUCAACGAGCGCGAAAAGACCGAGGAGCUGGCCGACUACCUCCGCUCCAAGGGCAUCGAUGCCCAAGCCCUGCACCGUGACACGCCGGAGAAGCGACACGGCGAGAUUUUGGAAGUGUUUACCAACGCCAACCCUCUCCGUGUGGCGCGGCCGGAUAGCAAAGUGGCCCGUAGUUGGCUCUCUAGCAUCAAGGUCUUGGUCGUGACGGAUCUCGCCUCUCGAGGCAUCGAUACUGUCGCUAUGCCUAAAAACCUGGUCACACCAAGCGACAUCAGAGAAUCCGGCCAAAUCAACUUUUUAAUAGUCUCUUUCGAAAUGGCUCGCACGCGGAGAUCGCGUCAAGCCGCCGCCGCGCCCGCCGCCAGCGUGCCCGACAGUGACACUGAACAACAGCAAGCCGCUCCAUCUCGCGGCCGCACACGGACCAGCCGCGCGGCCGCGCCACCGCAGCGACAAGCCUCCGUCGACCACACUCCCUCUGCCGGCUCUUUUCGGGCCCCGGCCUCUUCCGUCCGCCACACCAGCGUCGACUCGGUCGAGAUUGGCCGGCGCGCUGCCGGCGUUUUGGAGACGCCUUCACUACGCCGCGACACGACCGGGCUGGACAUGAACGAUAGCAUCUUUGGCGACCUGGGUGACAGCUUCGCCGACGGGGAGGUUUCCGGGGCAGAGCCGCGCUCGGCGUCGACGACGCGGUCGUGGAGCACGUUCAAGCCGCGCUCGCGCGCGUCGAGCGUCGUGGGCCGCACCGACGCCCCAAUCCGACCGAGCAGCCGUGGCGGCGGCGCCCACAACAGCAACACGUCGGUGCUGACGUCGUCGUUCAAUAUUGGCGCGUUUCGCCGGCGCGCCAGGGAGCCCAGUAUCCUUGGUACGACGCGCCGGGCAGCCGCCGUGACCACCGCCACCACUACCACGGGCCCCCGCUCGGAAACGUCGGGCCGCGGUGCGCAGUCGGAUCUGGAAAGUGAAGGCGAGGGCGGGGAGGGGUUUGCGCCAGACGCAGAGUCAACACCGCUACAUGUUGGGCGCCGCACGCGGGCUAGCCUGGCGGCGUCGAGUCGGAGCAGAGACGUCUCGGCGAAUGUGAGCGCGGCUCGGACGACGAGGAAGCGCAAGAGCGAAGCGGCGGAGGAAGAAGAAGAAGAGGGGCGGGCGGCCAAGACGACGAGGACGGAGGAGCAGACGGACAGUGACUCGGAGAUGUCGGAGCUCAGCUCGCCGCCGCUGCCGCCGUCGACGCCACUCCGCCAGAGGGCGAUGACGCCCGUCAACUUGGACGAGAUCAACGCGCCGCCGGCCAGCAGCGGGUCCGAAGACGAGGGCGAUGUGUGGCCGGAUAUCCACGCUCUGGCAAAGCGUCGUCGGCGCCUUUCGGUGACUACGCCGCUGCGGGCUGCUGGCGGCGGCGAGGACAACGCGAUUCUGUCCGACGUGUCGUCGCCGCCGUCACUGACGCACUCGCCUAACUACGACCGCGGCCGUGCUCCGCUGCGCGCGCACCAGCCAAAGCCCCUAACGACAGCAGAUCUGGCCAACCUGCUUCCCAAGAGAAGGUACAACAAGAGGCGCCAGGAUGCCGGCAGCGACGAGGAGGGGCGAGAAGAGGACGACGAGGACGACGAACAAGAAGAAGCGGAGGAGGAAGAGGUGCCGGUGACGCGCACACGCGGCGGCCGCAUCGUUCGGCCACCCAGCCGCGGUGCCUCCGCGACCGGCCACACACCAGCCCGGGGCACGCGCAGCGCGUCCCAAAAACACAAGACGUACGGCCGUCGCUCCUCGGACAAGGAGAACCAGGAUGACGACGAGGUCGAGGACGACGAGGACAACAGCCACUUCCAGCCGCUCGCCGACGACACGUUUGCGGACACGACGGCGACCGCCGCGCUGCCCGACUUCCAGUCCAUGGACGAGUUGAGGCGCGCUACGACCAAGUUUAGCGAGGUGGACAAGUGGCAGCUGGACUACGAGGAGGUGACGGCGAGCCUCUCACCGCAGGGCGCGCGGUAA